AAUGUCUAUCAGUUGCGUUACUCUGCAGUAACAUACAGCACUGAGAUGAGCAAUGCAUCACCUGUAAUGCAAAUAAACCUACAUCAUAGAUAAACCUGCGACGGCGUAUAUCAUACGCUUUCACGUAUUUCAGUCAAAAAUGCCUUACAUGUAGAGUUUCACCUUUGGAGUAUUAUUUGUCGAUUUGGUAGAGAAUAGCUAACGUAUCAGGCUAACGCAGUGUCAGUAGUGGAUGCCUGUGUGAUUCGUGUUUUGAGCCCCACUCCAAACAUUUCAAGUAGAGGGAACCCACAUAGCUGGAGAACUAAAUGAACUGGUGCUUCAAGCCCCCAUCCUAGCAUUUUAACGUUUUUAUGCAGGUUGAAUCUUGUCUCCCUGCCCGUCCAUAAAUGGUGAUGGUGGUGCUGAUGAUGACGGCGUGAGGAGAAAGCCCCUGUGGUCCCCUUGUUCCACCGCACACUUCCUCAUGGAUUCCAGCAAUGAUGAGGCACUUGAUAUCAUUGUCACCAAUGUGGUGGCCACGUUCAGGACAAGGUGCCAUCUCAACUUGCGCACUAUUGCCUUAGAGGGAACCAAUGUCAUCUAUAAGCCGGAAGUAGGGAAAGUCCUAAUGAAGCUUCGUAAACCCAAGAUAACAGCCUCAAUCUGGUCCUCAGGGAAAAUAAUCUGCACUGGAGCAACAAGUGAGGAUGAAGCAAAGCUGGGUGCUCGCAGGUUAGCACGCUGUCUGCAGAAACUAGGCUUCAAGGUGAGGUUUUCAGCCUUCAAAGUCGUGAAUGUGCUGGCAGUGUGCUCCAUGCCUUUUGCAGUCCACCUCAUAGACUUUACUAAGAACAACCGACCCAUUGCCAGUUAUGAACCAGAGCUCCAUCCUGCUGCCACAUACAGGAUCAAAAAUCUCAAGGCCACUAUACAAGUGUUCUCCACUGGCAGCCUCACAGUUACAGGACCAAAUGUGCAGAAUGUUGCCAAUGCUGUGGAGCAGGUCUACCCACUACUGUUCGAGUGUAAGAAGCCCCUCUGCAAAUGAAAGGAAAAAUACAGUAAACAAGACAGAAGAAAUGAACAAAAGAGAAGGCAAGAUUGAGGAAACACCUUAUCUGCAGAUUCAUUUGCUUGAUUUUAUCACUGCAUGGCAACAGCCAGAUAUGUGUAAUAUAAUCAAAGGACCAGAUUUCACCUGGAAUUUUGGAUUUAAAAAAAAAAUUUCAGCAACCCCACUUGGAGUCUUAAGAUCUCCCUCUCACAAAAAUGUCAGUGUCGUUGUGGAUUCUGUGGCUCUUGUGAUUUUAACAGCGUAAACAUGCAGAUGUCUUCCAAACAUGAUAUUUUUCAGCAAAAACUGCUCCUCCAAACCUGACUUGUACUGCGGGGGUGAAUUGCUCUCGCUCUUCAUUUGCCCUGCGUGUUUUUGCUCGGACUCAGAAAGACCAGUUUUCAAUAAUUUAACCAUUACAUGCUUAACAGUGGUAACCAGUUUGAAGAGUCCAUAUGUUAACAGUGAGAAGCCUCACCUUUAACCCCGUAUACAACAAAUCGUGCCAUUUGCCACUUUCUCUGGAAGAACAUCCGUCCACGGCUCGUUUGUAGAGGUGUUAAUACAAGUACAAGGCAUCCACUGUAUUAGCCACAUUUUUGCUUAAAGAGAAAAACAGCAGCUAAAACUAUAGACUAUAGUCUGUCCUUAUGCAGAUACACAUAUCCGCUCACAAUAUGCAUUCAUCACUGAUUUGACUUGUUCUCUUACAUUUUGUUUGUGUGUCAGUUCACUACGAAUUUGUUCUUGUUUCACAACUGUGGCAUUGGAUCAGAAUGCACACUCACUCUGUCUCUUAAUUUCUUGUCAUUUCCUAUUAGUUUUAACACAAGGUAACGUUACAAAUAUUUAACUGUUUUUUUUUUUUUUUAAGGUUUGGACAAUGUACAGAACAAGGUUGAUGUCAUAAAUGUUUGGCAAUACGUCCAGUGAGUGGGCUUUUAAAGCAACAUAAGACCACUAGCAGUGUUCAAAGAAGACAUGUUCAGAUGAUGUUUUAUAUUCAUGCCAAUUGUCAUGAAAACGAAACCCUCCAUAGAUUACCCUUCUCUUAAAUUACAGUGAGGGGUUAAGUGCGUUUAAAUGGAAACCGCAAUCCUGGUUGUAACAUGACUGCUGACACUUGUGCUGGGUAUUACUUCCAUAGAGGUAACACAUGUAUGUAUGUAUAUAAUGAAUGCAUCUGAUGGGAAAGAUGUUGACAAAAUCUUUGACAUGUUGUCUGAAUUAUGUGGGAUGGAAUACUCUUUGAACCAGUGUCAACUGAAGAUUUGUGACACUUGUUCAGAAUUUUGUAUUUUGUAUAAAAUAAUAAAGGUUAAUGAUAAA